AGGUUCGCCUCAGAGAGACAAGUGAGAGAGGAAAGACAAAUCGGGAAGAUGGAGAGUGGUGGAACGAGGAAUAUGUUCUUUAGCCUCGUCAUAGCGAUUUGGUUCGUCUUGGCCUCUUUAUCAGCAGGUGUGCUUGGAGACCGCCUCAUCGUACUCAAAGCUCCUCCAUAUAUCCACUUUCGGGAUGGCAAGUGGCCAAUCUCAGGAGACAGGAUACCAGACCUGGUUGCAUUAACACUGGGCUUCUCUGUGGAAGAAGACCUGGGAUGGCCUGGCUUGCAGGUUGGAAGCCUGUUUCAUCGGCCUCGUUCCAAUGUUGUCAUUGUGGUCAGGGGAGUGAGUGAACUUGAGGUGGCCCAGCCUGAAGCAUCAUAUCCUAUUGAGAAUGCUGUUCCCAUUUCUCUUGAUGGAGUUGCAAACACUGUGCAUUCUAUGUUCUCUGAAGACACCCCUGUUGUGUUACAGCUGACUCCAAGUGAAGAGAGGAUUUAUAUGGUGGGGAAAGCCAAUACUGUGUUUGAAGAUUUGCCUGUGACAUUACGACAGAUCAGAAAUCGAGUUUUCCAAGAGAAUUCUGUGUUCAACUCUCUCAUGCCAAACUCAUUGAGCCGAAAUAGUGAGGUGGAUUUGCUGUUUCUGUCAGAACUCCAAGUUUUACAUGAUAUGACCACUCUGCUGUCCCGGCAUAAGCAUUUGGCAAAAGAUCAUUCCCCAGAUCUAUAUUUCCUGGAAAUGGCUGGUUUGGAGGAGAUUGCCAAGCAUUAUGGCCCUGAAUCGGAUCAGUUUAAGGAAGCCACUCAGAUACUUGCUAGUCAACUGCAAAAGUUUGCAGAUAACAUCUUCAGCAUUUACAAUAACAAUUCGGUGGUGGAGGUUCUGACUGUGAAGACAUUUGAAACGCCUUUUGUUAGAAAAACACGGUCAAUUCUGGAAUCGGUACAGAUCAGUAACCCUGGAAGCCCGUAUAACCUUGCCUACAGUUACAAUUUUGAGUAUUCAGUCAUCUUUAACAUCAUCCUCUGGAUCAUGAUUGCUCUUGCUCUGGCUGUCAUAGUCAUCUCUUAUAACCUGUGGAACAUGGAUCCUGGUUAUGACAGCAUAAUUUACCGGAUGACCAAUCAGAAGAUCCGCAUGGAUUAGUUUUCAGCAUUCUUCACAUUUCCACAUACAACAAAAUAAGGCGGUCUUGUCAGUUACGUGGCAGUACGGGUGGGGCCUUUUAUUCCUGUUUUGUUUCUCGUGUGCUUAAG